CCCGGCUCUAUUGUCCCGCGAUCGAUUCAAGGAGUACAGGCUGUUCAGAUUAGAAAUUUAUCCAUGGAUAUAUGAUUUCUCACCCUGUUCCUACCACCAAUGUCGAAGAUCAGCGUUAAGACUACUUUCGAAGCUUUCAGGGCUAUCCGUCCCAUUUUCACCGGCGGAAGUCUUUCGCUCGAUGAAAGUGGGCGGUUAUUAGCGUCAUGCGUCGGAGAGGAUGUUCUUAUAACUGAUUUAGAGACAGGCGAGCAGCUUGCCAGUAUCGAGGGAGAUGGAGAACCAAUCACUAGCAUAUCGAUAACGCCGUCCGCAUCACACCUAGCAAUAUGCUCUCGAUCCUUGGCUAUGCGAAUAUUCUCCCUUCCACGAUCGCAAGACUCUACCUUCAUAAAACCUGAACUCUUACGGUCACUCAAACCGCAUACCUCUCCUGUUGUGACGACGGCCAUUGAUUCUACUGGAUCAUUACUUGCCACGGGCAGCGCUGACGGCUCGAUCAAAGUUUGGGAUAUUAAGAGGGGCUACGCAACACAUACCUUCCACGGCCAUGGAGGUGUUGUCUCCGCCCUUUGCUUUUUUGAGUCUUCCGCCAUAAAUGGAGACAAUCGCAAGGAUGGAAAAAAGCGGAAGAAUAAGCAAAAGAACUCAAACCCUGACUUUAUCCCAUUAGAGGAGUCGACAGAGCAGUCAGAGGUAACAGCAAGGUUCCGUCUUGCGUCGGGAAGCGAGGAUGGAAAGAUUCGGGUAUGGGACCUCUUCAAGAGAAAAGGCAUUGCUUCGCUGGACUCCCAUGUUUCCGUUGUACGUGGCUUAUCGUUUUCCGCAUCGACAAAUACAUUGUUGUCGGGUAGUAGAGAUAAGACUAUUAUAACGUGGGAUGCUAGCACAUGGGAAGUCAAGCGGAUCAUCCCGGUACUUGAAAGUGUCGAAGCUGCCGGUUUCUUACAUGAGGGCUUCUUAUGUUAUACCGGUGGUGAAAAUGGUCGGCUGAGAAUAUGGGAUCCGAACCGGGGCAGUGAAGUCACGCACGAUCAAGAAGCUACCUCAGAGCAAGAGGGAAUUGUCGCGGUUGAAUAUUAUCCAGGGCUUCCAUCCAUCCUGACAGUCCAUGUCGACCAAACCUUGAAAUUCCACUCCAUAGCAGCUCUAUCCGCCUUUGCACUAGGAACUAAAACCGGCGCACUUCCUGUUAUCCGUACUAUUGCUGGAAAUGAUGACGAGGUCAUCGAUUUGGCCUGUGUUGGCCCGGAGCGCUCACUGCUGGCGAUGGCAACCAAUUCCGAAUACAUACGGAUUGUCUCCACAAAGCCUACUGAAGCCACCAAAGAGCAAAAUUAUUUUGGCGCUGAUAUUGCCCGCUUGGAAGGCCAUGAUGAUAUUAUCAUUUGCAUCGACGUCGAUUGGUCAGGGCACUGGCUCGUCACUGGUGCAAAGGACAACUCUGCGAAGCUUUGGCGUAUAGAUCCAGCUUCACACUCCUAUACUUGCUUUGCAACCUUUACUGGGCAUGCUGAAUCAUUGGGCGCCAUUGCACUUUCUCGAUCUCCACCACCAGAAGAUUCUGCAGCAUUCAGAGACCCCCUUAAUCAUCCUCCGGCAUUUUUAGUGACAGGAUCUCAAGAUCGAACGAUCAAACGAUGGGACACUGGAAAGUUAAAUGCUGAAUCAUCCCGUCCAAAAGCGGUUUACACAAGAAAGGCACACGAUAAAGACAUCAAUGCUCUUGAUGUUAACCACAACGCUACACUCUUUGCGUCUGCAUCCCAGGAUCGUACUGCUAAAAUCUGGUCGCUUGAGGACGGUUCAGUUUUAGGUAUCCUUCGGGGACACAAAAGAGGCGUGUGGUCUAUUCGCUUCGCCCCCAAAGACACGCCCCUUAUUAAUACCAAAUCUGCCGCUAGCACGAGUCGAGGUCUUGUCGCGACUGGGUCUGGAGAUAAGACGAUUAAACUAUGGAACCUUUCGGAUUAUAGCUGCCUGCUGACUUUCGAGGGACAUUCUAACAGUGUGUUAAAGGUUCUUUGGUUGUCUCCUCCGCGAAUAUCGAGUGUUGAUGAAGACAUAUCCUCUCGUGGUGCGGCCCAAGUUCACCCGCUUGUUGCAUCCGCUGCUGGGGAUGGCCUGGUCAAAAUUUGGUCACCGUAUUCGGGAGAAGUAGAAACGACCUUAGACAACCAUACAGAUCGUGUGUGGGCUCUGGCAACUCCAUUCCCGCCUUCUGCAAGCCCAAAUUCCCCAUCUUCGAACAAACUAGAACCCGAUUUCUCCCUGAUUUCCGGUGCAGCAGAUUCAACAGUAACGUUCUGGAAAGAUACAACUUCCACUACUCUUUCUGCUGCUGUCUCUGCAAACUCUGCGCGCAUAGAACAGGAUCAGCAGUUGCAAAAUUACAUCCACGCCGGUGCCUACCGCGAAGCCAUCACUCUGGCUCUUCAGCUGAACCAUCCGGCACGACUCUUGUCCUUGUUCACGACCGCUAUGGAUACCGAGCCUACAUCCUCCCAAGCACUCACUGGAAACCCGGACAUCGAUACUGUUAUCCAAUCUCUUUCUCUGGACCAUUUGUACCUUCUUCUCCUUCGAAUCAGGGAUUGGAAUACAAACGCUCGCACAUCGCGCGUAUCGCAGCGGUUACUUUUUGCCCUAUUCAAGUCUUACCCACCAUCCACCUUUGUCGAAUUAGCUUCCCGCCCAAAUCCUAUGCCCGCUCGUGGGAAGGGAGCAAAGGAAGCAGAGCUAAAGGACAUUCUACAUGCGUUGUCGGCAUAUACAGAAAGGCAUUAUAAGCGUGUUGAAGAGCUCGUUGAUGAGAGUUACUUGGUGGAGUGGGUGUUAGGGGAAAUGGAAGGCAUGGAGAUUGACGUUGACAUAGCCGAUGGUGACCAGAAUGGAGAUGCGUUUGCUGGCAGGAAGGAUGUAAUUAUGGUCGGUUCUUAA